AUCUUGCGGGGUAAUUGACAUUCCUCUCCAACAUCUCAACUCCAAAACAAGAUGAAGUAUACCUACAGUACUAUCUCCCUCUCAACUACGUACUCCGUAAUCGCAGCAAACCCCACCUUCAAACGCCGUCAAAGGGUCUUAUCUCUUGAACAUGUUUCCAGGUAAUCAACACGAUGCCACCCCACAAAUAUACGAUCGUCGACCCAUGCGAUCAUUCACGUCUCCAGCCAAGUUUGGCCCUACAUACCCUGGUUAGAGCAUUUGCUUGAAUACGCAAAUAUUCCAAAUAGCUACAUACGCAAAGCCAUCAUCAAAGCGUAUCAUACCGAUAGAAAUGGGCAAGAAGCGGGUUCUCGUGAGUUAUGGCGUCGACGUCGAUGCGGUCGCAGGCUGGCUGGGCUCGUACGGCGGGGAGGACUCGUCCAACGACAUUAGCAGAGGAUACUUUGCUGGCACUAUCGGCACACAGCGGGUGCUAAAGUUCCUGGCCAAGUACGACAUCAAGGCGACGUGGUUCAUCCCCGGCCACAGCCUCGAAACGUUCCCGGAGGACAUGGCGGCAGUGCGUGACGCAGGGCACGAGAUUGGGCUGCACGGCUACUCGCACGAGAACCCGACCGACAUGAGCAUGGACCAGCAGCGCGAGGUGCUGGACAGGACGUACCGCAUGCUGACCGAGUUCAACAACGGCAAGCCGCCGCGCGGCAGCGUCGCACCGUGGUGGGAGACGAGCAAGGAAGGGGCGCAGCUCCUGCUCGACUACGGAAUCGAGUACGACCACAGCAUGAGCCACCACGACUGCCAAGCCUACUACCUCCGGACGGGCGACGACUGGACCAAGAUCGACUACAAGGCCAGGGCAAAGGACUGGAUGAAGCCGCUGGUCAAGGGCCAGGACACGGGCCUGGUCGAGAUACCGGCAAACUGGUACCUGGACGACCUGCCUCCCAUGAUGUUCAUCAAGGCGGCGCCCAACAGCCACGGCUUCGUCAACGCGCGCGACGUCGAGGCCAUAUGGAGGGACCACUUUGACUACUUUUACCGCGAGCACGACGAGUUCAUCUUCCCCAUCACCAUCCACCCGGACGUCUCGGGCCGGCCGCACGCCAUCCUGAUGCACGAGCGGCUGAUUGAGCACAUGAAGAGCCACGAGGGCGUCGAGUUUGUCACCAUGGAGCAGAUUUGCGACGAGUUCAAGAGCAAGAACGCGCCGCCGGCCGGGGCGGUCAUGCCGGCGCCCCCGGGCGAGAUGUUGAAGAAGCCUCCCGUUUGGCAGUGAUUUUUUUUUCUCGAGUGGUCUGAACGUAUUGUUGAUAGCAGUCAAAAUUCCAUGUUUUCACGAUACUCUGAUUUUUCCUGGGUUGGCCGCUUCGUCGAAACUGAUAAC